UUCACAUUUUUUCUUUGUUGUGAAUUGUCGACAGUUCGUAGAUAAGUUCUUAGAUAAAUUUCUAGUAAUGCAACAUUUACUCGAGCUCAUUCAUGGUAUGUUAGCUCGUUGAAUUUGGCUAGAUAUCUACUUGAAAAAACGAAUUUGAUUUUCAAUAUUUUCGAUUCAAAAAAUCGAAUGAUCGGGUGCACAUAACGCUACAAGCCACUGGUAGCGACACCUGGCGAUCUUUCCCCGAAAUGUUCGCACAAGCUGCCUACCCACUAGUGUGAUAUGGCAUCAUCCUGCAAAAGUACAAGAGAGGUUCUGUUGUCUAUCAUCGAUGACAUCGAAUUAAUAGCGAAAGAAAUGAUAGAAAAUACAAUAGCCCAAAAGCCAUUAAAACUCUCAAAUGAAGAACACGCUCAAUUAACGGAAUUGUUAAUAGUUAAAGACAAUGAAUUAAAAGCAAUAUUGAAACGGGCAGCAGAACAAGCAAAAAUUAACCUCAAGAUGGAAGGUUUAAAAGCUGAAGUUGAAAGACAAGACCAAGAUAUACAACAAUUACAGCGACAAUUGAAGGAAGCAGAACAGAUUUUAGCUACUGCAAUUUAUCAAGCUAAACAAAAAUUACAAUCCAUUGCCCGUGCCAAUAGAAGACCUGUACCAUCUGAGGAAUUAAUUAAAUAUGCACACAGAAUAAGCGCAUCGAAUGCUAUAUGCGCUCCUCUUACCUGGCAACAAGGAGAUCCCAGGAGACCUUAUCCUACUGAUAUUGAAAUGAGAUUGGGAUUCCUUGGACGUUUAAGCGAUCUUCCUUUAAAUGAACAAAUACCAGGUACACAUCCUGGAAUAUCGUCAGACUUGCACAGAGCUGGACAUCCAGUAGGUGACAGAUCAAUGUGUGUUUUAGAACCACCUGUAUCUCAAACUAAUCAAUUUGCAUGGCAUCCAUCAGGUGAAAUUCACAUGUCUGUGAGUGGACAGGGAAGUGUUGCUAUGAACACCCAUAAGCAGGAAACAGAAGAUGUUGAAGUUAUGUCUACAGACUCUUCGAGUAGUUCAUCUAGUGAUUCCCAAUGAACAUUGAUUUUUCAUAAAAUUAUUUAUACAGGAUUUAAUGCGCAUGUAUCGAAUGAUGAAUUUAUUAUCA